UUUUUCAAAAUGAACUCUUCUACAAGCUCUCCAUACAAUGCUGCUAAUAAUCGUGCCACUUAUGACUUAAAGUCUUCAUACCAAGAAGUUGACGAUAUGAUAAACAAGAUGCUUCAAGAAGAUAUCUUAUCAUCAGAAGAUGAUGAGGAAAUAAAGCGAACAAGGAAUAGAAAUACAUCAAAGUUGGGACAGAACGAUAGUCUUGACCUGAACAGGUUGACUCGGAUCGAAGAAAUCAUUUGGUUAGAAGACAGUCCUACAAAGUCAAAGCAAAGAGUAGAUACUCCUGAGAAGGGAAAUUCAUCCCAAGAGAUCGACUGUUCUCCUAUUAUUGCUACUGAUUCAGGAGAUUUAGUAAACAACCAAGUUAUUACAGUUAAGAGAACCUAACCAGGCCCUUAAUAUGAAAAAGAUGGUCAGUUUUAAAAACUCAAAUACAUGAAAGGAGCCUAAACCAAGAAAAUUGUGAAGAAUUAGCUUGCAAAGCUCAGAUCACUCUCAGACCAAAGUUGGGCCUCUGGGAACCUCAAAGGAACAGGGUUCUAAAUUGAGUUAUACUGGAAUAAACAAGUUAUCUCCAGCAAAAACUAAACUUUUAUACCCAAGCUCUACUCCUCAAAGGCUCAACUUAAGUAGCAUUCUUGAUCAUGAAAGUACGAGAGGAGGUUAUUCAGGGAGUAAUUCUUCAUCUUCCAACAGAUUCUUGAGCCCCAGCAGCUGAAUCUUCACAAAAGCUUUUAGCAAGUUUAGCCCCAAAGCAAGGAUUCAAAGAAAUAGAUCAAAGGUGUAUGCAAAUACUACAAUAUUUAGGCUCGAUUCAAGACUUUUGUGUGAAUCCUUAAAAGUUAAUAAGAUCAAGACAAUGCUAAGAUGCAACAAAGGCCAACUGAUCAGGCUGAUAAAACACCACAUGAAGGAUCAGUACUGGGCAAUACUCAAUUCCGACUCAAAAUUUGGGGUAAAAACUGAAGCGGAGUUAAUUGAUUCAAGAUUUUUGAAACCUGAUUUUUCUGAAUAUCCAGUAGGGAAAUUCAUCGAUUCAUGAAAUAUGCCUUCUAUUGACCAAACUUUCAACGUGCAAGCAGUAGGAUAUCUCAAGAAUGAUCUCAAAUCGGUUUCGACAGCUGAGAACUACCUCGAAGGACACCCUGGAGAACUUGUAUGAGUCUGAAGUGAGGCUAGUUUUGAUACAGUCUAUGCUUACAAAGCUAAUGAUCCUAAAUGAGCUUUACAGUUACUAAAAUCAAAUGAUAUAAUUUACACAACUUUUCAUUACUAA